UGGUCGCCCUCCCUCUCUGCCAGGAAGUUCAGGAACUCGGUCACCGCCCCGGCCUUCCCCCUCGGCCCCCGCCGAUUCGUCUCCUCCAUUGUUGGGCAACAGUCUAUCUCAUCGAAACGGUCUUAACCGAAACUCCCUACGCGCUGAACGGCUUCUAAACUUUUUCAAACGUUUGUUAACAUUUUGUCACAUUCAGUCGAGAGGAAGAGACUUUAACUUGUGUCGACAGGCGAGCGCAACUGACGGAAGCCUUUAAGAACCAGUCAACAUGACGAGCAUCAACACACCUAACAUCAACUUCAAAUGGGACCCAAAGAGCCUGGAGAUUCGUACUCUGGCAGUGGAGAGGCUACUGGAGCCCCUUGUUACUCAGGUCACCACUUUGGUCAACUCGAGCAACAAAGGCCCAUCUAACAAGAAGAAGGGGCGCUCUAAGAAGGCUCAUGUUCUGGCUGCGUCAGUCGAGUCUGCUACCGAGAACUUCCUGGAAAAGGGAGAAAAGAUUGCAAAGGAAAGUCAAUUCCUUAAGGAUGAACUCACUGCUGCAGUGGAGGAUGUCCGCAAGCAAGGUGAAUCGAUGCGGCAGGCCUCUGGGGAAUUUGCAGAAGACCCCUGCUCUUCUGUGAAGAGGGGCAAUAUGGUCCGUGCUGCCCGGGCCCUUCUUUCUGCUGUCACACAUCUGUUGGUUCUGGCAGACAUGUCGGAUGUCUAUAAACUCCUGGUGCAACUCAAACUGGUGGAGGACAAUCUGCUGAAAGUGCGGAACGCAGGAACAGAGCAGGAGCUGGGGAUUCAGUAUAAGGCCUUGAAACCAGAGGUGGACAAGUUGAACAUGAUGGCUGCCAAGAGACAGCAGGAGCUAAAGGACGUCCAUCACAAGGACCAAAUGGCCGCAGCACGGGGGGUGCUGCAAAGGAAUGUCCCUAUGCUGUACACGGCAUCCUGCGCCUGCCUGCAGCAUCCUGACGUGGCAGCCUACAAGGCCAACCGUGACCUGAUCUACAAGCAGCUGCAGCAGGCCGUUUCUGGAAUCUCCAAUGCUGCCCAGGCGACUUCCACAGAAGACUCAGCCCUGGCCCAGCCCGGGGGGGCCGGAGAGCUCGCUUACGCCCUCAACAAUUUUGAUAAACAAAUCAUUUUGGAUCCUGUGGGCUUCACCGAGGAACGCUUUCGUCCUUCGCUGGAGGAGCGCCUUGAGAGCAUUAUCAGUGGAGCUGCUCUCAUGGCUGACUCUUCAUGCACACGUGAUGACCGCAGGGAGCGCAUUGUGGCUGAAUGCAAUUCUGUGCGCCAGGCUCUGCAGGACCUCCUGUCUGAGUACAUGGGGAAUGCAGGAAGAAAAGACAAGAGCGACGCUCUGAACACAGCCAUCGACAGGAUGACAAAGAAGACCAGAGAUCUUCGCCGACAGCUGCGUAAAGCCGUGAUGGACCACGUCUCUGACUCUUUCCUGGAGACCAAUGUUCCCCUUCUCGUCCUGAUUGAAGCUGCCAAGAAUGGCAACGAGAAGGAAGUAAAGGAGUAUGCUCAGGUGUUCCGUGAGCAUGCCAACAAGUUGAUUGAGGUGGCCAACCUGGCGUGCUCCAUUUCCAACAAUGAAGAGGGAGUGAAGCUGGUCCGCAUGGCAGCCUCUCAACUGGAAGCUCUGUGCCCCCAGGUGAUUAAUGCAGCACUAGCCCUCGCUGCCAAGCCCAACAGUAAGGUGGCCCAGGACAAUAUGGACGUGUUCAAGGAUCAGUGGGAAAAGCAGGUUCGUGUCCUCACCGACGCCGUUGAUGACAUAACAUCGAUUGACGACUUCCUGUCUGUGUCUGAGAACCACAUCCUGGAGGACGUGAAUAAGUGUGUCAUUGCCCUUCAAGAGAAGGAUGUUGAUGGUUUGGAUCGCACAGCUGGGGCUAUCCGAGGCCGGGCUGCCAGGGUUGUCCAUGUCGUCACCUCUGAAAUGGACAACUACGAACCCGGAGUCUACACAGAGAAGGUUCUGGAGGCUACCAAGCUCCUCACUGACUCAGUCAUGCCACGCUUCACAGAACAAGUAGAGUCUGCAGUGGAGGCCCUGAGUGCAGGUUCACAACCUGUAGAUGAGAAUGAGUUCAUUGAUGCGUCACGUCUGGUUUAUGACGGCAUCCGCGACAUACGCAAGGCUGUUCUUAUGAUCAGAACUCCAGAAGAGCUGGAUGACUCUGACUUUGAAACCGAAGAUUUCGAUUCCCGCAGCAAGACCAGUGUGCAGACGGAGGACGACCAGCUCAUAAACGGCCAGAGUGCACGUGCCAUCAUGGCUCAGUUGCCUCAGGAGCAGAAGGCAAAGAUUGCCGAGCAGGUGGCUAGCUUCCAGGAGGAGAAGAGCAAGCUGGAUGCUGAGGUGUCCAAAUGGGAUGACAGCGGCAAUGACAUCAUUGUGCUGGCUAAGCAGAUGUGCAUGAUCAUGAUGGAGAUGACAGACUUCACCAGGGGGAAGGGGCCACUGAAAAAUACAUCUGAUGUCAUCAAAGCUGCCAAGAAAAUUGCAGAAGCGGGAACCAAAAUGGACAAACUGGGACGCAGCAUCGCCGACCUUUGUCCCGACUCUUCCUGCAAACAGGACCUGCUCGCCUACCUGCAGCGCAUCGCCUUGUACUGCCAUCAGCUCAACAUCUGCAGUAAAGUCAAGGCUGAAGUUCAGAACCUGGGAGGGGAGCUGGUCGUCUCUGGGUUGGACAGCGCCAUGUCCCUCAUUCAGGCAGCCAAGAACCUGAUGAACGCCGUGGUGUCCACCGUCAAGGCCUCCUACGUCGCCUCUACGAAGUACCAAAAGAACAAAAACAUGGAGGCGCUCAACAUGCCCGCCGUCUCCUGGAGAAUGAAGGCUCCCGAGAAGAAGCCGCUGGUGAAGCGAGAGAAGCAGGACGACGGGCAGACCAACAAAGUCAAGAGAUCUUCGCAGAAGAAGCACGUCAGCCCUGUGCAGGCUCUGAGCGAGUUCAAAGCCAUGGAUAGCAUCUAGAGAAUCCCCCCAGGAGGGAGAGCGUCAGUAUGUAACCCAAAAGUUUAGCAUAGAUUGAGCCUUUUAUUGAGUCAAAUCAAAGAGCUGUCAUUUGUUCGUCUUGGUUUGGCCCGUUGUAUUCCUCCACUGCCUCAUUCCUAACUUUCAGAUUUGCUUCUACCUGCAGCAUUAACCGUCUGUUCUGUAGAAAGUGCAGUCAGAAGGGAAACCAACUGGACAGGACUUUUUUUUUUUUCAUGUAUACGAGAAGAAAAUGUGGAUACAGAAAGUAAUUCCGAGGUUUUUUUUUUUAUUAUUGUUUUUUUUUUUUAUCUUUUUUUUUAAACACGUUUAA